AUGAAGCUGAGACUCCGAUCUAUCGAAACCAACGGCACCCAGAAAAUCGAAGUGCCUGACUCUUGCUCGCUUCAGCACCUGAAAGACGUGGUUUUUCAGCGGCUCUCUUCUUCGUUUUCCACUGCUCCAGCCUCUGUGCACCUCUCUCUAAAUCGGAAGGACGAGCUUGUCGGUUCUUCAACUCAGGAAUCUCUCCAGUCUCUGGGAAUUACCUCAGGUGAUCUCGUCUUCUUCACUUCUAACCCUAAUGCAUUUGUGCCCAAUUCUCCAAUUGGGCAAUCUAGUUGCAAUCCUGAAGAGACAAAAUCAGCGCAACCCCAGAAUUUACGGGAAUUGGUGACAUUAGAACCCACUUUGGAGGAGGAGCGAACCCUAGAUCAGAGUCUAGCUUUGGGCACCCAAAAGGAGGAAACCCUAGGUUUCGACUCUGUGAAGACUGAAAUCUUAGAUUCUGAAUCAAGGAAGAGUGACAUGAAAUUCGAGGCAGAGGAAAACCCAGGAACGUCUGGCAAGGUGGACAUGGAUGUUGAUGAUGAUGUGUCUAUGGUUGAGGAGGGGAAAUCGUUCUCCGUGCCAUGUUUUCUCAGGAAAGUUUUCCGGAAGGAGGUGGGUGAAGGUGGCGGUGGCGAUCACAAGCUUUUGGUGAUUGCUGUCCAUGCUGUUCUUCUGGAAUCUGGAUUCGUUGGCUUUGAUUCCAUUUCGAGGAUGAAAGUUGAGGGGUUCCAUCUUCCAGAUGAAUGGCCUUCUCGUGCAUUCACUCUGUCUCUAUGGUACACUCUUCCUGAAAUUGUCAAUGGGGCUGAAACUGUUGUCUUAAAGUUUCAGAGUUUGGGAAAGUAUGUGAAUGUUUAUGGAUCUUUGACUGAGAAAGGAUCUAAAUCAUAUCGGGUGUGCUUGGCUGAGGACCAAUUGGUUUUCUUCUUAAAUCUCUUGUGGGCAAAUUGUGAAUCAGUUGAUCUGAUGAGUGAAAAGAACAGCUCUGUCAAACCUGAGAAGGAAGUUUUUGAGUUUUGGAAGACUGUAAAGGAUAGGCUUGCACUGCCCCUGUUGAUAGAUUUAUGCGACAAGGCCAAUUUGCCUCCUCCACCAUGUUUUAUGCGCCUUCCAACUGACCUUAAGUUUAAGAUUUUGGAGUCUCUCCCCUUUGUUGAUGUUGCCAGAAUGGGAUGUGUUUCCUCGGAACUGAGCUAUUUGGCUUCAAAUGAUGAUCUGUGGAAGCAGAAAUAUCUGGAGCACUUUGGCAAUGCGGAGUACCUGCAGGGAGGUAAUAACUGGAAAGAGAAGUUUGCCAAGUGCUGGGAGACUAGAAAGAAGAGAAGGGUUGAGAGAAAGAUUGUAAGAAGGAUAAAUUUUCCUGUUGUACCCGGGACAGAACCUAUGCCUUGGCUGCUCAUCAGAGACAACCCUUAUCCUUUUAUAGUUCCCAGAAUUAUAGGUGGCGAUUAUGACGUAGGACCUGGAUUUGGCCAGAGUGUUCCAGCAGUUCCUCGCCGGAAUGUCACGCCUCACCGUAAUUUGGGAGGACGCCGCAUCUAG